UUGAAAUAGUGGUAGUAAUGAAAUGAAGGUUUCAUUCUCUUUUGUGUAAUACAUAGCAUGUUGGUGGCAACAACGCCAUUUCUCAGAAACUUGUUCAGCUUCCGCACUCACUCUCACUCUCACUUCUUUCGAAUGGCAGCAACAAGUUCAACCAGUUCUAUUCUUUCCGAGCAUUCCGAUGCUUACGCGCCGUUCAAGCGCGUGUGCGUUCGCGUCGGCACACACAACGGCAGCUUCCAUUGCGACGAGGCGCUUGGCUGCUUCAUGAUUCGACUCACCAACAAAUUCUACAACGCUCAAGUUGUUCGCUCUCGUGAUCCUCAGGUCUUGGAGGGUCUUGAUGCCGUUCUUGAUGUUGGGGGAGUGUAUGACCCCAGCCGAGAUCGCUACGAUCAUCACCAGAAAGGUUUUGAGGAGGCUUUUGGCCAUGGCUUCUCAACCAAGUUGAGUAGCGCAGGUCUUGUUUACAAGCACUAUGGAAAGGAGAUUAUAGCUAAGGAACUUAGGGUAGAUGAAGAGCACCCAGAUGUGCAUCGCAUAUAUCUGGCUGUUUACAAAAGCUUCAUGGAGGCAAUUGAUGCUAUAGACAAUGGAAUAAAUCAAUAUGAUACUGACCAGCCCCCAAAAUAUGUGAAUAAUACACAUCUGUCCUCAAGAGUGGGAAGGUUAAAUUUAGAUUGGACAGAUCCUGAUCAGUCAUCUGAAAAAGAAAAUGAAGCCUUUCAACGUGCCAUGGUUCUUACUGGUAGCGAAUUUAUGGAUAGUGUUCGAUUUCAUAUUAAUUCAUGGUUACCAGCAAGGUCAAUUGUAAAUGAGACGCUUGAAGCUAGAUAUAGUGUCGAUCCUAGUGGAGAAAUUUUGGUUUUGGAGAAAUUCUGUCCGUGGAAGCUUCACUUAUUUGAGCUUGAGGGGGAGAUGAAAAUUGACCCUCCCAUUAAAUAUGUUCUAUAUCAGGAUGAAAGAAGCCAACAGUGGCGAGUGCAGGCUGUUGCAGUAUCGCCGGAUAGGUUUGAGAGCCGUAAGCCUCUACCAUCGCAAUGGCGGGGUCUUAGGGAUGAUGAACUGUCCAAGGAAUGUGGCCUUCCUGGCUGUGUAUUUGUCCACAUGAGUGGAUUUAUCGGUGGAAACCGAAGUUUUGAUGGUGCCUUGGCCAUGGCAAGAGCUGCAUUGAAGAUGUAAGCAAAGAAACGAUCAUAAUAUUUUGCAGUAGCUUUAACAAUACAGUUUACUGAUUGCAUUGAAGACUCAGAAGAGGACUGGGAACAGUGGCUUAUAGAUAGUUCUGUAUUGAUUGGUCAACUUGUUUAAUAUAAUCAUGUAUUAUUCAAACAUUAUUAUGAUUGAUUAUACUAUUAGCUUAUCUGGAUUUUGCUCAAUUGAGAGAGAUUUAUAACAACUUACAGAAUGUGAUAUUGUGAGAAUC